AUAGCUCAAACAUCAUAUUCAUUACAUCCCCAAAGCCCAAACCCCAACUGUUGGAACUUCAUCAUCAACGGAGCAUUGAGGGCGUGACGGGUUCGAACAGCCACUACACGGAGUUGUCGCUGGCGGUCUUCUUCACCAUAGUGGCGUCGAUGUUCGUCACCUACAAGGCGGUCUGCUGCAUGUUCGUAGCAGCAAGUGACCCUUCGGCUGUCAAGAGGGCCAAGGACUUCGUGGACCGCGAGCCGGUUCAGAUGGGCGACAUUGCCGAGGAAGACCUGAGGGCUUAUGAUAGGUCGGACCUGGUAAAUCCGCUGCUCAUGGCCAUCAAAGGGACAGAUCUAUGAUGUCUCUCGCUCCAGAUGGCACCUGGAUCAGUUCGGAAUUCCAAGAAAUACAUACCAAACAACUCUCGACAAAGUCUCCUAAGUCACUUGACCAUGACAAAUACUUUAGCAGAUUCGAUACCUCGCAGAAGUAUCACGCGACAAUUUGAGAAGACAAAUGUGGGACCGGAGAAGGCAAAUGAGGGAUUGGAAACAGGUAAAGCAAAUAAUGAUUCAUCUAUAGGAGGUGAAACUACUAUAACGACUCACACGUUGGAGGGUGACAACACGACGCAUGUCGUUUCAUCAACUCAAUCUCCUCAAACUCAACAGAAUGAGAGCAGCUCUCUAGAUACUCCUUCAACUGAAGGAACUCUGAAUCCUCCAUUACCUCAAGGUAUACUGACCUUUGCUUACCCUUUUGUUUGUUUUGAAGUCUGGCUGAUACUAGUUAAUUAGAUUAGUUAAUUAGAGUGGUCUUGUUUCGUUGAUGAUGGGAAAUAGAUAUUGCUAUUCACCAUGUGAGAUAUUUGAGAUAUUUGUACGGGGAUUGUUAGAUUUUAUUGUAUACAUUAUCUACAUCCAAGUAUCUAAAAAGCAGACAACUCCAUUAUUUAUGAUAAAAACUUUAAAAGUUGUACUGAAAGACUAAUGCCUCUUAAUACUUGUCAAAAAAAGAAAAUAUCAAGGUUGAGUUGCAUCUAAACUAUUACACUUAUUGAGUGGUUAAUUUGCAGCUUCAAGUUGCUCCAGUAAGAAAAAACGUGGACAAACCAUGGGCAAGAGCAUUAUAAAGACAUUUGAGGCUUCAGGGAAAAAAAUGAAAAUAACUGUGGACCCAAUGAUAGGAAGACCUAAAAAUAGAGUGGAGUCAGCAAAGUUCUCGAGUCAAAUUGGUGUAGUAACUCGAGAUGUCCUUCCGGUGCCAAAAAAGUGGAAAGACGUGGAUGAAAAAGGUCUUGAACCUGGCAUUGACCAUAUAAAGAUCCACAUGGAUGUUAACUUGGAAGAUACGGGAGUGAAACGAUGCGUGAUUGAUAGACUGCAAUCUAGUACACGCCAAAAACGCUAUAGGCUCCAUCAACAUUACAAGAAAUAUUCAUCCCUUGAAGAAGCUAAGAAUAACAAGCCAUCUUUUUGUGCGAAUAAACAAAACUGGGAAGAAUUGUGCGAGCAUUUCGCCUCACCUAAAUUCAAGUCUCAGAAGGAGUUGAACGGAGGACCUUGUGAUAUGCUUGAACUCUAUAAGCGUACGCAUUAUACAGACAAAGGUGGCUGGUCAAGUAAAGAAGCAGAAGAGAAUUGGGACUUGAUGAUUGCACGGAGAGAAAAAUAUACAGAACAAGGUGUUGAGAAGAGCGAACAAGAUAUUCUUCUUGAGGUUCUUGGCCAUGGAUCUGGUUAUAUAAAAGGCUAUGGUUACGGCCCAAGGCCUCCAAGUAGACGUUCAUCAUAUGAUCUGAAUAGCCAGAAGGAGAAGGAGCUUCAAGAUACGCAUGAAAAGUUGCAAAAAUCAGAAUCUGAAGUGAUUGAGCUUAAAGAACAAGUCAGUAAUUUGAAAGACCAAUUGAGUCACCAAGGUGCAGAUAUUGCAAAGAUUAUGGCUUCCAUGGCUGCCAGCGGGACUAGUCUAUGAGCUAAGAAAGCUUCAUGUGCCGAUUUUCAUCUAUGACUGAAUGGAUUUAGCAACAAGACGAAUCAGAUUAGUUUUUCGAGGUGCACAAAUAGAAGAAAGACAACCAGCUCGAAAGGGAAUGCUUUGUUUCUUUCUCUAAGUUCUAAAUCAGACUAUUGUUUUUCGGGAAUGCUUUGUUUCUUUAAGUUCUAAAUCAGACUAUUGUUUUU